CAAAGAUGAAUCCGUCAGGACAAACUCCAAGAGGUCAUCUCCCCAAUAGAGCAAAUAUUACUCCUGAAGACCUUAGAAGAAUGCAGAUGAGCCAGAGCUCCAGAGCUUCUGUUGGAGCUAAUAACCCAAGAGGUGGAAGCGAAUCUGGAAGAGCUUCUGCAGGCUAUCAAAGAGGAGGACAGCCUCGGCCAAGCUAUAUGAUAAACAAUAAUGUUCAUGCUAGAUAUCGGCCCAAUAGACCUUCUAGCUAUAGACAGAAGCAUCUCACUAAGAGUGAUAUUAUCAAAGCCCUUAGUCAAGGCCAAGAAAGAGUCCCUUUGAGAUACAAAGAUUACAAGACAAAGUGGGAUAAACUCAAAUCUAGAGAGGGAAAAGGAAUCAGAGCCUUUCUUGAGCCAUACAAGCAAAAGCAUGAAGAGCCUGAAAGAGUCAAAACUCACUGGGAUUAUGUCCUUGAUGAAGCUGAGUACAUGUACAUUGACUUCAAGGAAGAAAUCAAGCUCAAGAAAUCUCUUGCGACUAAGUUCAUCCAUGAGAUCUCAGAUGUAGCUGGAAAUAGAACCCAGAAGAAGGAGAAAAAGGAGCUUGGGCUGAGACUCAUAAGUCUUCAGAUGGGUUCUAUGAUUCAGUCCACCUUCAGUAAGAUCAAGAACAACAAAAGAGUGAACCUGAACCCUGAAGUAGUCAUCAAUAUUAGUGAGACUAUCCAUAAGAAUGGGUUUGAUUACCAGCUUAAUGAGAGAAACAUCAACAAAUUAAAGAAAGAAUAUGAAGAGACUCUUAAAAACAACGAGGCUGAUAAUGUAGAACCAUCUACAUUUGACAUAAGAGCUCAAAAGAGCGAAUUUAAGGAAGAAGAUCUUCCGAUUACUUUUGGAAAAGAGCCAGAAAAGGAUGAGUUCAUGCCUGUCCUUAAUGAGUUAGACCCUACAUUUUUCAAAAUCCAAGAUGUAGCUGGGAAUGAGGAAGAAAAUGCAGCGGAGGUAAAGAGCCAGGAUUAUUUCUACCCUCGAAAGAUGGAUGACCCAGUAGCUCUUCCAGAUGGAGAUGAAAUUGAAGAAAAAGAAAGAGAUAUUGAGAUAGACUUACUACAAAGCUUUUACCCCUCAACUAGAAGUAAUAAUGCUAUUGAAGAAGCUAAAAACUUCUUGAUCUCCAAUAAAUUAGUCACUGAUGAGAAAGAAAUUGAAGUAAUGAGAGGUCCUUUCACUAAGUACGAGAUCAAAUGUGUAGAGCAAGAAGAAGAGUUAGGCGAAGACUUCGAACAGCCUGUUUUUGAAUAUGUUGAAGAUAAGAUAGAUAUGGAAAUUAAAGCAAUAUCUGAACUUCUUCCUGAAACUCCAGAUUUCCCUGAGGGACAAGAUCAAAGAAGCCAGGCUGCAAGCCAGCAACAAAAUGAAGAGCCAAAGAGGAAGUUAGAGGAUAGGCUUCCUUAUGAAAAGGAGACAAGGAAACUUCCUGCUCUACUUAGCGUGAACACGAAGAAGACUAUCUCUGUUGAAGAAUUAAUAAAAGAGAGAUACACUCAAUCGACUGAAGAACAUAAGGAGGAAAGAAUGGCUAGAAAGCGUAAAAGAGACUCUUCUCCUGAAAAAGAAGAUGAUAAAGCUGAUGAUCCGAUGGAUGGUGAAGAUGCUUCUGCCAAAGAAAGUGAUAGUCGUGAGGAAAAGAAACAAAAGACCGAUGAAUCUGAAAUCCAGUUCAUUCAGAUAACAGAGAAAGAUUCUGAGUACAGGAAGAAUACUUUCAAGACUUAUUGAGAAAUGCUCAAUCAUCUAGAGAGGCUGAAGAAAAGGAAUAAUCCAAAUGAAUCUGAGUCAAUCAGGAAGUUUGAGAAAAGACUAAGUAAAGGACUUCUGAUGAACUACAAUAAAAACAAGCAGUCUAAGUUCAAGCUUAUAUGUGACUUAUUCCUGAAGGAUCAUUGUGAGUAUUUAGAGAAAAGAAGACUUCUUUCAUUAUUCCAGUCUAUCUGGGGAACGAAUAAUGAAUGGAAUGUUGUCUCAAAACAAACAAUUGGGAAGAAACCUGGGGAAUUAAUGGAAAGCGCUGAGAAACAUCUUGUCAAAAUUCCUGAAGGAAAAGGAGGUAUGCCGAGAAGUAUCAGAGACAACUUGACCAAGCUCAUUGAAAAACAAAGAGAGGCUGAAGAGAAAGAUGAUGAAGAUAAGGCUCAUCCUCAAUACAAAUUCUUGAAUGCUCUGAUGAAGCCUUAUAGUGAGCUCCAUCCUGUGGAAAGACUUGAAUUAUACCAGAACGAAGCCACUAUUUAUGAGACUUCUGCGAUCGAGAAUAGUGUUAAGAGAAACAUAAUCCUAUCUUAUCAGUGGAGAAAAAUGGAGACUUUGUGGUUCCAAGAAAACAAGCGCUCUCAUCCUUACAUGAAGAAGCCAUACAAUGAUCCUGAGAUUGAAGCUGAUCUGAAGAUAUUAAUGGAGAAGUUGAACAUAAAUCAAAGAUCUAAUGCAGGUAGAAACAUCUCUGAUGGAAGUAAAGAGUUGUUCAGAAUUCAGAACCAAAGCUAAUCAGAUGGAGAGAUGCUCCUGAACUGUGGAAAGAAGAUAAUAGGCUUACAUCCUAAAGUCAUUUUCAAUUU